UUUUUAGGUUAUCACGCUGCAAUAUAUUGCUCAGAACAACCCUUGCACAAAAACAAAUACACUUGUAAUUUCGUAAGGCGCAAUUUAAAUAUUUUAUCUCUGUAAAAAAUGGCUGAGGGGGACACAAGUCUAACUCAUAGGCAGGAGACGACACCUGCUUCUACCUUUUUUAGCAAGGUCGUUCGUCCUGUCCUGGCCGAGUUCAUAGGAACCACACUGUUCGUGUUUUCUGUGUGUUUGACUCCUGGAGAUUACAGCAUCGCAUCGAGUCUCCUUCAGGGGUUUGCUUAUGUUGUCCUCAUUGUAGGGUUAGGAAAAUUCAGUGGCGGGCAUUUUAACCCUGCCAUUACUUCUGCUGUGGCUCUGUGUGGGGGUGUGUCCCUUCUUUCUGCAGUAUGUUAUAUCAUCGCUCAGUUGGUUGGAGGCCUGAUUGGGGCAGCUCUGGUUCUUGGUAUAUUAUCAGUACAAGACUACGAAUUACUUCGCGGAGGAGCUACAAUACUUAGCAAGAGGCCCGGCUGGGGUGUUCUGACGGAGGCCAUCCUGACCUUCAUGCUUAUUCUGACCGUAUUGAUAACAACAAUGGACGAAAAGAAACACAAGCUGGCACCUCUGGCGAUUGGUUUUGCCGUCACGGUGGGAGUUAUGGCAGGAGGAUCUGUGACUGGUGGAUCUAUGAAUCCAGCAAGAAGUUUGGGUCCGGCUGUUUCUACUUUAAAGUAUGAACAUAUUGAAGGGGUUUGGGACUAUCACUACGUCUACUGGGUAGGACCUUUUGUUGGUGUACUGGUAGCAGUCUUGAUAUAUAGACUCCUAUUUGACACAACAAACAGACAACAUAAAACCCCGUAUUUAUGGACACAGCGCUCUAGAAUUGAAAGACCCGACAAUGAUCUGAUGUUAAACUAACAUAAUUCAGGAAGGGGGAAAAUUCAACAAGGAAAAGAAAUGACUGCAGUUACAGAAUGAAUCGCAAUUCAAACGUGCAUUAACCAAAAAUGCUGCUUUGCUUGAUAAAUUAUGAAUAUAUUUGCGUUAUCCAUUGAUUUUUUGGCAUAAAAAACAAAUCGUUGGAAUUAGGCUUUUUGCAAAUCUGAAUGUUGAAACUGGUAGGUGUUAGGAAAAUUAAGCUUUGAAUUCCAUUUUACUCUACAAUUUAUUUUUAUCAUGAUUUCAGAUUGAAGUAAUUUAUAUAAGAAAAAUUAGGGUUUGGAAAUUUAUUCAACUUCUAAGUAUACAAAAUGUAAAGGAACUUGGAAAUCUUGGAAAGUAUUUAUAUCAAGCCUUCUUGAUGGAGAAAUGAAUCAUUUGUAAUAUUUUAUGUGUUCAAUAAUUUCAAUGACCUAUUGUUGUAGGUCCAGCUGUAUAUUUGCUAUUAUAAUGUAUAUGCAUACUCUCAUUUUGUUAUACUGUCAUACUAUAUACGCAUAUAUAAAUGUAAAUUCUGAUGUGUUUUCUGAUGCAAAGAAAUAAAGAACAGAAACUUUAUUGUCCGAAAAAAAAGAACUUUUUUCUUGAAUGCAUUAAAACAAUUACAAAAUGUCUACAAAAUUUUACCUGCAAGUAUGUUUUGUACAAAAUAUUCGUCACAUUAAAGCUAUAUAUGGCGUAUCUGAGCUAAAAAAAAUAAAAAUAGGAGAUUAGCGUA